AUGAAGUUCCUUCCUCUUGUGUCCGCAGGCUUCUUGUUUGCACAGUCGAUCUCUGCCAACUCCAUCCAGAAGAGAGAUACCGUCAGCGAUAUCUUGAACGAUAUCAAGACUGCCGCCACUUGCACGGCUUGCCAGGGCUUGCUUGGUGUCCUUCAAGCUGUCGCUCAUCUUGGUAACGAUGCCUUUGUCGGAGUCAUCACUGCAGUCUGCAUCGCGCUCGGAACUGAGGAUGCAGAUGUCUGUACCGGUGCUAUUGGACUCGAAGGACCUAUCUUGGCUCACGACCUUCGCAAUCUGAAGAUUGGCUCACACACAGCACAACUUUUCUGCGGAACCAUCUUCGGCUUGUGCGAUUACCCGGCUGUCACUCCCUACACUGUUUCGUUCCCCUCAGCCAAGCCUGCUGGAGCCGCUCGUCCUCCACCCAGCGGCAAGACUCCCCUGAAGGUCGUCCACUAUAGUGACAUCCACGUCGACCUCUCUUACGAAGUCGGCGCCAACUAUAACUGCACCAAGAACAUCUGUUGUCGCCCUUACACCACUGCCGAUGCCCCUGGAAACACGCAGUUCCCUGCCGGAGCUUAUGGCAACGCCCAAUGUGAUAGUCCUCGCAGCCUUGAACAGAGCAUGUACAAUGCCAUCAAAACUCUUGUACCUGAUGCCGCCUUUUCUUUGUUUACUGGUGACGUCGUUGAGGGCGCAGUCUGGCUUGUCAACCAAACUGAGGUCACAGGUGAUCUGAACAAUGCAUACUCGCUGAUGUCCACCCUUGGAAUGCCUGUGUAUGGCGUCGUAGGCAACCACGAUGUGGCACCCGUCAACAGUUUCCCUCCCGCUGCUGUUGAUACGACCAUCACAAGUCAAUGGGUCUACGACACUUUGUCCACAGCCUGGACCAAGUGGAUCGGCUCUGCAGGUGCCACCGAAGUCGACAAAUUCGGUGCCUACUCGGUCAAGAACCCCAACACCAACCUUCGCAUCAUCUCUUUCAACAGUAACUUGUACUACAAACAGAACUUUUGGCUAUACGAGGAGCCUAUGGAGACUGACCCCAGUGGUCAGUUGGCUUGGCUUGUAUCAGAGCUUGCCGCUGCUGAGAGAGCUGGUGAACGCGUAUGGUUGACUGGGCAUAUGCCCAUGGGAUCUGGCGAUGCUUUCCACGACGCCUCGAACUACUUCAACCAGAUUGUGAAGAGAUACAGUGCCACCAUCGUUGCCCAAUUCUACGGCCAUACCCACAGAGACGAGUUUCAAAUUACCUACUCGGAUUACACAGCUCAGACAGCUGCCAACGCCAUCGAUGUGUCAUACAUCGCUCCCGCCCUGACUCCCACUUCUGGCAAUCCUACAUUCCGUGUUUAUUCUGUCGACCCAGUCACCUUCGGUAUCCUCGACUACACAGUCUACUUCGCUAACAUGUCCAACCCUACCUACCAGAAUGGUCCAACUUGGCAAAAGUACUACUCCGUCAAGGAACAAUACGGUGCUCAGCUCAGUCCUCCCGUGAUCGCAGCCUCCGCCGAACUUACCCCUGCCUUCUGGCACAAUGUAACCACUCUCUUCCAAAACAACGAUGCCGUAUACCAACAGUUCAACACCCGCAAGUCGCGCGGUCAUGAUACCUCAACGUGUACUGGUGACUGCAAGACCGAUAACAUCUGUCAACUGCGCGCAGCUGAAUCUCAGUACAACUGCGUCACCAUUAAACCUGGAGUGAACUUCAAGAAGCGCGAUUUGACUGCUGAGAUUGCUCAUGGGGAUGAGUGUGAUGGUUCUGCUGGAGCAAAGAUAUUGGGUGUCAUCUCUGACAAUAUCCCGACUUUUGAGCAGAUCUUGCAGAAGCAACUUGGUGCUGGCUUCAUGGGUGAAUCAGUCAAUGGUACAACCUCUUGA